AUGGCCCACUUCGUUCGACGAGACGGGAGAGAGUGGGAUAGAUGGGUGCCGUAUGCUUUAAUCGCAUAUCGAGCUCUGCCACACUCAUCCACUGGAUAUUCUCCAAACUAUUUCUUAUAUGGGAGAGAGGUGACACCUCCUUCAGAGAGCCUGGUAAGACCUACAACCGACGAGGAAAUAGAACCCCCCGUUGACAGGUUACAAAUGCGACUAAGAGAGACCUAUAAAGAGGCUCGGGAACGCAUGGAGAGGACCUGGACGCAAUGUACGGCACAGUGCAACAAACGAAGGAAACUACGGACGCUGGCAACCGGAGAAAUGGUGUACUUACAUGCACCGGCAGUCAAACCGGGCCACUGUAAGAAAUUCCACUGCCCCUGGUGUGGUCCUCAUGUAGUGAUUGAGAGAUUGUCAGGAGUUACUUACAGGCUUAAAUUAGUCAGUGGACAAACGGCUGUGGUACACGUGAACCGACUGAAACCGGCGAUUGUUGAAAGUACCGAAGAGGAACAGUCAGCAGAACAAAGAAGUCCAGCUGGUAACAAGGAUCCGGAGCAGAAGAGGAAGACUCGGACGAAGAAUAUUUGGCAACCAGAAUGGGAGCGGCAGUGUCCAGCGAUGAGGAGCCUCUUGAAAAACAGCCGUCCUUGCCAAUCAGGGUAA